GGGGUGUACGAGGCGGUAUCAGGCCGCCCCUACGGGCCGACGGAUAGUAGUGUAGUCAACGCGUCACGCUACCCCUGCAGCUACUCGCCGUUGAUUCUCCUGUUGUUACUACAUACUGCAGUGUGUCGUCGCGACGCCCGUACGCCGGUCCGUCGCGCGCCAAUAUUAUAGGUACGAACAUACCUUACAUUCUCGUGCCGCGGUCUACGCGGUGAAAAAUAGUUGAUAUACCAACAGCGGAACAAAUUGACUACGCGACGAAGCGACGAAUCCGUCGGAUAUAUGGAUUUGUCUUUGUUUAUACAUUUUUAUUACAGUUUACAAAAACGCGUUUCUAUGCAUCUCGUUUCGUGUUGGCUUUUUUAAGUUACUUCGUUCUCGUAAUACAGUUAUCAUCGUUGUUAUUGUUAUUAUUGUUAUCAACGUCGCCACGUGUUCAAUGUCAGUUCGUUUCACGAACUUUGCGUUGCGCGCGUUUCGCGAAUUUGUAAGGUACAUAUGUAUAGGUAUACUUGAAUCACCGCGUGUGUGUUUUUAGUAAGUAGUUUUUACACAGGGUAAAUCCGCCUGCAUUUAUGCAAUUUAGGGUGCGCUUUAUGUACCGAUCGACAUUUGCUUAGCGUGAGAACUUUCGGUUAAUGGUGAAAAAAGUGGACAAAUGACGAUCGGUAAAAUUUACUCUGAAUUGCACGAAUGCAGGCGAAUUCACCCUGCGUCAAAUACACGCGUAAGACGCAUACAUCUCUUCGAGACGACCCGAUAUUUGAAUACAUAUAUAAAAUGAAGCAAAGAUACCAGCGUUAUCACGGAUCGUGAGAUUUUUCGGUUUAUUAUAAUUUAUAAGGUAUGGAACCGCGAGUUCCGUAGUAAGACGUAUUUGUCGACUGUUUGUGUUCCGGUGAUAUUGUGGGUGUAUAUAAUUAAGUUCAGUUGUGUGUACAACUUUCAUCCCACCUCCGCAUGUUCUUCAAACAUGCCGACGAUGUAGCCGCUCCACCACGCAGCGUUCCGCUACGACUCACACGUACCUGUAUUACCGAUAUUCACACGUUACAUUUUAUACCUGUAGUGAACGAUUUUUAUCGUUAUUUACGAGUGCCUUGUAUUAUACGCAUACACUGUAUAUAUAGUAAGUGUCGCAGUCGUGCAGUGCAGUAUCCGUGUAUUUAUUUUCGUGGAUUAUUGUGUGCAAGAUCAUUAUCACGACAUGAGGGAUAUCGAGUUUCUGCAGAACUCGCUCAUCUUCGCUCGAAUCCCGAUGCUGCAGAAAUCGAUAACAAAACCGCAUGCAGUAGGAUGCAGGGUGAUGAGAUAAUACCGGUUGAAAUAUAUAACACAAGAAGAAAACGGAGAAGAAGACGAAGGAGAUCCGCGCGGUUAUAUUUACGAAUAAAUAAACCGCGAGGAUAGAAUUGAAGCGCAAGGGCGUAUAAUCGAGGAGAGAAAGACUGGCAAAAUUAUAAGACAAUGCUGAUGGCCGGCGGGGGCGGCAGUGCGGGUUCGAUUAUACCGACGAUAGCAGCGGCGGUUGAAUUGCAGGAAGAGGAAUAUGCCUGCAAUAGUGAGACUCACAGCGGUGCCGGACUGCAAUGCGAUGGGGCCGACGGUUACGUCACCGAUCACACGGAUCUUGGAUCGGAAAUCGAUAUCGACGAGUCCGAAUUCCGACGGGAGUUCCUCAAGGAUAGAUGGAGAAUGCUUUUCGACAAGUAUGAUCCGGAAGGCUUCGGCGAGAUUCCUCUCGACGAUUUCCUUGUCGCCCUAGACAGUCAAGAAUGGAGGGAGGAAGUCCCCGCGAAUAAGCGCGACAUUCUCAGAGCUCGAGUCAAGGAAUCGACGGUCGACGCGAUCACCUUUCAGGACUUCGUCAACGUGAUGAGUGGAAAGCGUAGCCGUAGUUUCAAAUGCGCCGUUCAUCAUCGCGACAGAGAAGUCUGUUCCGAAAACGAUUUUCAUCUGCUCGUUGACGAACCGCCUCUAUUCCAAAGGAUGGUACGCAUGAUCGGCGACGAAUUUCUCACCGAGGAAAGGGAUCGGAAAUACUACGCUGACCAUUACACGUGCUGUCCACCGCCCCUUUUCAUCAUCCUCAUCACCCUAGUCGAGCUCGGGUUUUUCACCUACUACACCGUCGCCAUGGGCGAGGUCAACCCCUCGGGUCCCGUUCCGAUCGACAGUGUCUUCAUAUACCGACCGGACAAACGUCUCGAGCUCUGGAGGUUCGCAUUCUACAUGUUCCUUCACGCUGGCUGGCUUCACCUGCUCUUCAACCUCGGGGUACAGGUGGUCGUCGGUCUUCCUCUGGAGAUGGUUCACGGCAGUUUCAGGAUAGCCGCCGUCUACAUGGCGGGCGUACUCGCCGGUUCUCUCGGCACGUCUGUAUUCGACACGGACGUUUAUCUCGUCGGGGCUAGUGGCGGUGUCUACGCUCUUCUUGCCGCUCAUCUUGCAAACGUUUUGCUCAACUACAAUAAUAUGGAGUUUGGAAUCGUCAGGCUGAUCGGGAUUUUCAUUAUCGCGAGCGCCGACGUCGGCUUUGCGAUAUACGACAGGUACGCCGCCGAGCAAAUGGGUCCGCCUGUGUCGUACGUUGCUCACCUUACGGGGGCGUUGGCGGGGCUGACGAUCGGCCUGUUGGUGUUGAAGAAUUUCGAGCAACGACUUCACGAGCAGUUGCUGUGGUGGGUCGCCCUCGGUGUUUACGCCGCCUGCACGAUAUUCGCGGUCAUGUACAACUUGAUGCACCCCGACUACCCCUGACGCGAGGUUAGCUUCGCUUACGGGCCACGUUUGCACCAUCAUCAUCAUCAUCACCAUGGUGCCGCUGCUGCCGCUGCUGUGACGAACACGUAACGCGAAGCUGUCCAUUACUGUUGUUUAUACUAUUGGACAAUAUUCAUCACGUAAUAAUCGGUCUUGUUAUACCUGUAAUUGCACAAGAACGCAAAUUCUCUCUCUCUCUCUCUCUCUCUCUCUCUCUCUCUCUCUCUCUCUCUCUCUCUCUCUCUCUCUCUCUCUCUCUCUCUCUCUCUCUCUAUCUCUCUUUCUCUCUCUCUGUCUAUCUCUCUCUAUGCCUAUAUAUCUAUCUAUCUCUCUGUUUCUCUGCCCUGGUUCGCAUCUUUGUGCAACGGAGAUACGCCAAAAACGAACGAAAAUAUUACGCCAAACGAGCGAGAAGAAGAAUAUUAUGAUAUAUACAUAUUAAUUAUGUCAAGAAAGAAUAAAAGCAAAAUAUAGAAGAUACUGCGUAAAAUGAACUGUGUAAGGAGGAAAAAUUAGAAACAAUAUUUGAAAACAAAAAAAAUCAACAAAAUGAACCAACGAUCGAGAGACUACUUUAUACGUAUGUACGUGUAUAAUGUGUAUAUUGAUAAUACAUCUCGGAACAAGAAAAUCAAACCAAAGAAAAAGAGUGUGUAAAAUGCGUGAGUUGUUUAAAAUAACCAUCAAUACACAUGUAUAUAUAUAUAUAUACGUAUAUAUACAUAUAUUUAUCGAAGAAUUCUUAUCUGUAUAAAUAUAUAUAAAUCUUCGAUAAAUUAAUUAAGUCAACUUCUCUCUCUGUUCACGGUUGUGAGGAAAAAGCUUUCACGUUCGCUAAGGUAUUUGUGUGACCGUUCAAAAUUUCUUGAGUAAUUUUUUCCAAGUCCUUUUUUCUACUAUUUGCCGUAAAAAAAAGUUGUAGUAACAAUGAUAAGAAUAAUAAUAAUAAUACCAUUGACGAUGAUACUAAUACUAAUAAUAAUAACAGUAAUAAUAAUAAUAAUACUCCAACCACCGUUUUAGUAAUUAUCGUUGGUAUUAGUUGACUAUUAUUAUCAUUAUUAUUACAAAUUCAGGGAGAAACAGAGAUAUUUGUAUUUAUGUACGAUGCGUACGAGUAUAUAUGUAUGUAUAAUACUAAAAGACUGAAUUCUAUGGCUAGUAUAUUGCGAAAACAAAAUAACAAAAUUGUGUACACGUACAAUAUAUCGUAUAAAUACCUCUUUCGUUCGAAAUAUGAUAGCGGUAAAUCAGUUUUCAAUAUCUUUAUUAUAUACUUAUUAUCAUUACUAUUAUUAUCAUUAUAUUAUUAUUAUCGUUCAUAUUAAUUUAUUGUCAAUUCUAUAAAGUGAACUGUCAUUUAUUUAUUUCAUCAUCUAUUUAAUCGUCUAUGUAAUAUAUGUUUAUAGCUAUACUGUAUACAUAACGAACGCUUAAUGAUACCAUGAUGAUAAUAAUAAUGAUAACAACGACACGCGUUGCUGUCGUGUAAUUAAUAGCUACAGUAUCGAAAGCUACACGUAUAUACAGGCGACACGUAUUAACAAUAAAUGUACACAUUUGAUACCGAUGUAUGUAUGAAUACGUAUGUAUAGAUAGGUUAAUAGACCGACAGUAUGUACGUAUAAUCAAGUGUAAAUAUCAUGUAUUAUAGCCUAGGAGUAUAAGGAACUAAAUAGAAAGAAUGUAAGAAAGAAGGUGGACGAAAGUUAUAUAAGUAGUUUAGUUUGUAAAUUGCGAUUACCAAAUUGCCGCCUAACCCCCUAACAAGUCGAGCAUAUAGGUAACGCUAAUUAACUAUUUAUGAAUAUAAAAUAUGUAUCACUAUAGUCUAUAUUAUCGCGUGAUGGUAAGUAAAAGCAGCGCAAUUGUUUGUUAAAUCAACGACAACAAUAACAACAAUAAUAAUAAUAGUAGCAAUAGUAACCGUCACUCAGUCUCUGAUUAACAAACUUCUCAGGAUGUCGAUUCACUAUAAUAUUAUUGUCGUUACCAUUAUUAAUGAUAUUAUCAUUUUUAUUGCUACUAUUCCUAUUAUCAUUCUACACCUUACGGUAAUCAUACUGAUUCGCGGUUAGACAAAUUUUUCCUCUUCCAGACUGAUCGUAUGCGUAAACAUUACCCCCAGUGAUAUUUUAUUUUUAUUUUAUUUCGGUUUCACUUCGCUAUUAGUCUUAUGUUUCCUGUCCGUUUUGUUCUUUCGUCUCACUUGAAAAUUAUCAUUAUAAUUGUUAUUAUUACAAUCGAUCAAAUAAUUUAUGUACAUAAAAAAAUAAGCCGCGGUCAGAGUAUACUUAUAAUUUCCUGUAAUAUUUUACUUUGUUAUCAGGAUUUGUUCGUCAUGUAGAAUCGAGAUGCAGUUGCAGGUGAUAAUUUAAAGUGACAAAUAUGAUAACCGAUAAUGUCAGAGAGAGUGAGAGAUAGAAAAAACAUGAAAGGAAACGAAAAUGGAAAAUUGAAACUCAACGAAUCUAGAGAUUGGCGUGUGAUGAACGAACGAUACUAGUCAGUUAAAUACCUGUUCUAUACGAAUGUAUUAUAAUAUAAUGGAAAAAGUGCGCAGCGUUUACACAAUUGUCAAAACACUAUAUGCAUAUCUAUGUAUAUAAAUAUAUACCCAUCGAUGAUGCACGCAUACUAUUAUAAUAAUUGAAUACGUAACACUAGCGUUUAUUGAUCAUUCUUACAUUACCACUCUUGCUACUGAUAGUAAUUUACGCGUCUCUGUGUAUAUUCAUAUACAUAAUAUAGUAUAGUUGUAUUAAAAACAAAAGUAAACAACUGCAGUCGAAAUAUGGGGCUAUAACAAGGCCCGUUAUGUUGAUUUUUUUAUUUUUUAUUAUAUUGUAUAGGAAAAAGAGAUAAGUCUUGUAUUAUAAUAAAUCAUAAUCGUACGUCACCGGUUGUCGUUAUAGUUGUUGUUAUUAUUAUUAUUAUUAUUAUUAUUAUAUAUUAUUUAUUUAUUCAAUCGAGAUACAACGAUCAUCUCAUUUUUCUUUCUUAUCCUCUCUCUCUCUCUCUCUCUCUC